AUGGAAGCAAGGAAUAAUGUGACUGAGUUUAUCCUCUUGGGGCUCACGCAGAGUAUCCAGGGUCAGAGAGUAUUAUUUGUUUUGUUCUUACUGAUCUACAUGGUGACAAUGGUCGGCAACCUCCUCAUUGUGGUGACUGUGGUGGUCAGUCCAGCACUCGAUGCCCCUAUGUACUUCUUUCUUGGCUACCUAUCAUUUAUGGAUGCUGUGUAUUCUACUACAGUAACUCCAAAUAUGUUUAUAGACUUACUCUAUGAAAAGAAAACCAUUUCUUUCAAAGCUUGCAUGACUCAGCUCUUCAUAGGACAUUUAUUUGGUGGUGCUGAGAUUUUACUUCUAGUGGUCAUGGCCUAUGACCGCUAUGUGGCUAUCUGCAAACCUCUUCAUUAUAUGACCGUCAUGAACCAAAGAGUGUGUGUCCUACUACUGUUGUUAGCCUGGGUUGGUGGGUUUCUGCAUGCAGUAGUUCAGCUUCUCUGUGUUUACAAUCUUCCCUUCUGUGGUCCCAAUGUCAUUGACCACUUCAUCUGUGACAUGUACCCCUUAUUAAAACUCGCCUGUACUGACACCUAUGCUAUUGGUCUUACCGUGGUUGCCAAUGAUGGAGCUAUAUGUGUCAUCAUCUUUAUGCUGUUACUUAUUUCUUACGGAGUCAUUCUACAUUCCCUCAAAAACCUUAGUCAAGAAGGGAGGCGCAAAGCUUUAUCCACUUGCAGUUCUCAUAUCACUGUGGUGGUCCUUUUUUUUGUCCCUUGCAUUUUUAUGUAUGUGAGACCUCCUUCCACAUUGCCCAUUGAUAAGUCAUUGACUGUGUUUUACACGGUAAUCACCCCUAUGUUGAACCCACUAAUCUACACUCUGAGAAAUGCAGAAAUGAAAAAUGCCAUGAAAAGAGUUUGGAGCAGAAUGCUGUCAAUUGGCUCAGUGGAGAGA